AAAAAAAAAAAGGGAAAACAAAAUAAACUCAUUGAGAAUAAAUACGAAACAACUUUGAACUGCUCUCUCUCUCUCUCUCUCUCUCGAAGGCCGACGAGACAAAGAAGACGAAGAAGAAGAAGAAGAAGAAGAAAGGAGAAAAAGCUAACAACAACAAUGGAGCCUCCUCCUGAAAGAUCCAAACGUCUCCACAACUUCCCUUUACCUCAUCUUCGUUGGGGUCAACAGAGAUACCUCAGAUGCGUCAAUCUACCCUCAUCAUCAAAUUCACCACAUCACCAACCAUCUCCUUCUUCUUCGUCUCCCGAUCACGCACCCAACAACAACAACAACAGAUCCGGAGCGAAGAACGGUGAGGUAGUUGCGGCGGCUAGGCCGUGGAAUCUGAGGACGAGGAGAGCUGCGUGUAGUGAACCACCUGGAGGAGACGAAUCGCCGGCGAUUGACUCUUCUCUUCGUAGGAAUAACGAAAUUGGGGUGAAGAGAAGCACCAUCUCUUCGGAGAAUGAUGAUGAGAAACUGAAAUUGAAAUUCUCAAUUCCUUUGUCGAGAGAAGAGAUUGAACAAGAUUUCUCCAUUGCCUUUGGGAAAAAACCUUCCAGGAGACCUAAGAAGAGACCUAGGCUUGUUCAGAAGAAAUUGAAUACGAUUUUUCCAGGAUUGUGGUUGAAUGAAGAAGUAACAAUUGAUUUAUACAAUGGCCCUGGAGGAGCUCAGGAUACGUGAUAAAGGUCUUUACUUUGUGUUCAACUCUUGUUUCAGCUUUGAGACAUUCUCAAGUUUUAGCAAUGUCCUGUGAAGAUAACCGGGAUAUGUUAUGGUUUCUUGUUUGUUGUAAAGUGGAUUACUGGUAAAAAAAAAUUGGUAAUCCCAUCAUUCAUUCACUAAUUGUAAUGUUUUUUUGCUUAUAUAGUAAUGCUAGUUGCUUCAUUGUCUCUC